ACAGUCCACCUGUUGCUACCUGUUUUGCUCCACUCCUUAAAUAUACGUACAGUUUCUGUAUGUAUGAGUGAUAUUAACGAGGCUUAUCUUCACUUCUCUCCUUCACUACUUCAUUUUCACUUUAAUUUCACUAUUAUAUAUCUAUUAUAAUUCUCCACUCGCCGGAAACCAUGGCUAUCGGCGCCGUCGUUUCUCACCGGAACUUCGGCUCUUUUCUCGGUUCAGGGAAAGUAUAUCAAGAGCCUUUAUUCCCUGGAUACAGAAGGUACUCGUAUCGGAAUUUCGUUGGUUCUUCAAACAGUGAAACUCUUAGAACAAGGGUAACAUGUCAUCCUAAUGUAUUGCACCAACAAUUUUCUAACUUUAAUACGGUCAAGCAUAGUCAGAGGACCAGAGCUAUUUGUGAAUGCUUCCUUUCAUCAAGAAAACUAGGGAAACUGGGGAUAGUCGACAGCCAAUUCCAGCAAUCAAAACAUGCUACAGUGAUAAGAACCCGAGCUGAUUAUAAGUCUGAGGACUAUGACAUAACUGGAGAAGGUGUAGACUCACUUAUCUCGUCAGAAGGAGCUGGUGAAGCUAUAUUAGUGGAGGCUGGACAACAAACUAAACCAUGGUGGGAGCUGCCAAAGCGCUGGGUGAUAGUACUACUUUGCUUUACAGCAUUCUUGUUAUGCAACAUGGACCGUGUGAACAUGAGCAUUGCUAUACUGCCUAUGUCAAAGGAGUUUAAUUGGAACAGCGCUACUGUUGGUUUGAUUCAGUCCUCUUUCUUCUGGGGGUAUCUUCUCACUCAGAUUGCUGGAGGUAUAUGGGCGGAUAAAGUUGGGGGCAAGCUGGUAUUAGGUUUUGGAGUUGUCUGGUGGUCAAUUGCAACAAUUAUGACACCUAUUGCUGCAAAAAUUGGGCUUCCUUUCUUACUUGUCAUGCGUGCCUUUAUGGGGAUUGGUGAGGGUGUUGCUAUGCCUGCCAUGAAUAAUAUGCUUUCAAAAUGGAUUCCUGUCUCUGAGAGAAGCAGAUCACUUGCACUUGUCUACAGUGGCAUGUAUCUCGGUUCUGUGACAGGAUUGGCCCUCUCUCCUGCUUUGAUCCACAAGUUUGGAUGGCCAUCUGUAUUCUACUCUUUUGGUUCUCUUGGGAGUAUCUGGUUUGCAUUGUGGCUUAGCAAAGCCCAUAGUUCACCCAAAGAGGAUCCAAAACUUAGUGUGGAAGAGAAGAAAGUUAUUUUGGCAGGCAGCGUCUCAAAGGAACCUGUCUCCGUCAUUCCAUGGAAAUUAAUUUUAUCAAAGGCACCUGUCUGGGCUCUCAUUAUAUCUCACUUCUGUCACAAUUGGGGAACUUUUAUACUUUUAACAUGGAUGCCGACAUACUAUAACCAGGUCUUGAAGUUCAACUUGACUGAAUCGGGCCUACUUUGUGUACUUCCAUGGUUAACUAUGGCCAUAUUUGCAAAUAUAGGAGGUUGGAUUGCAGACACACUUGUUAGCAGAGGUCUCUCGAUUACAGCAGUUCGCAAGAUAAUGCAAUCAAUCGGAUUUUUGGGCCCUGCUUUCUUUCUCACACAGUUGAGCCGUGUUAGGACCCCUGCUUUAGCGGUGCUGUGCAUGUCAUGCAGUCAGGGAUUGGAUGCAUUCUCCCAGUCCGGACUCUACUCCAAUCACCAAGACAUUGGGCCGCGUUAUUCUGGAGUGUUGUUGGGACUAUCAAACACUGCAGGUGUGCUUGCAGGGGUCUUUGGUACCGCUGCAACCGGAUACAUACUCCAGAAAGGAUCCUGGGACGACGUAUUUAAGGUUUCCGUUAUACUUUACAUUAUUGGAACAUUAGUGUGGAAUCUGUUUUCAACUGGAGAGAAAAUCCUAGACUAAUUCAUGCAUGUGAAAGGGAUGCAGCCUAUAGAUCAAGUGGUGAUAGGUGAGAUGUAAAGUUCAGAAAAGUAUCCAAUUUCCAAAUGGCAAGAUAAUUUUGCAGCGAACAAACGAAAGAGGCCACCAUUUUCAUAGUUCUCUCAUCCAGUCUCGGACAACUAAGUUGCUUCUCCAAAACAGUUUUGUGGGAUUGGCUUAUGAAAAUCAUGUACUGGCCUUGCAGUUUGUUGUAAUUAUAGAACAAUUGGGUUUACAUUUUCUGGUUAUUUUACAACCAUAAUCUCAUAUGCAGCUAAUACAGAGCUUUGCAUAUACACAAAAUUGUCAAAGGUAAUACCUGUGUAUCUUUAUGCCUUUUAAUUCCUGUGUUUCCCGGCAUUACAGAGCCAUCUGCAUCAAACCAGAGUUUCUGCAGUCUUCA